AGUGUACAAAGCAGAUGUUCUCAGAGAAGUUUGGCAGAGGAUCUCGGACAGUGGACCUAGAACUGGAAGCUCAGAUUGACGUGUUGAGGGAUACCAAGAUCAAGUACGAAAACAUUCUAGGACUGGCAACAGCGCUCAUCACUCACUUUCAAAACAUGGUGCAAACGCAGCAGGCUCUAGGUGAUACUUUCACCGACCUGAGCCAGAAGUCACCAGAGUUGCAGGAUGAAUUUGGGUACAAUGCAGAAACACAAAAGCUGCUGUGUAAGAAUGGUGAAGCUCUGCUCGGUGCCAUCAACUUCUUUGUGUCCAGUGUGAACACCUUGGUCAAUAAAACAAUGGAGGACACUUUGAUGACUAUCAAACAGUAUGAAAAUGCAAGACUUGAGUUUGAUGCAUACCGUUCUGAUCUGGAGGAAUUAAGCUUGGGUCCGAGGGAUGCGGCUGCCAUGGUUCGCAUUGAGAUGGCUCAGCAUGAGUACCAGCACCACAGAGAUAAAUAUGAAAGGCUUCGUAGUGAUGUCUCCAUCAAACUGAAAUUCUUGGAGGAAAACAAGGUUAAAGUGAUGCACAAGCAGCUGCUUCUCUUCCAUAAUGCAAUCUCAGCUUACUUUGCUGGCAACCAGCAGCAGCUGGAACAAACUCUAAUACAGUUCAACGUAAAGUUAAAGCCUCCAGGGUCGGACAAACCGUCCUGGCUGGAGGAGCAAUAAUGAGCACCUGGGUUCAGCUACUUCUACCGUGGUACAUCAGCUAAAAGCGUAACAUUGUGGUUAGAUGGGCAAGAAUGAAAUGCUUAAAGACGUUUUUUUGUAGGAUCGGUAGAAUU